GUGUAUUUUAGUGUUUUUUUUUGUAUUUUUGAUCUCUUAACAACUCUCUUCUUCUUUUACUUAUGUUUUUGUAUUGUAUCACCAAUUUACAAUCUCUUGUUCGUACUUUACUUUAAAUCUUUGUUAAUAUUUUCCAAAGAUCCAAGCUUAUAUUCUUCGAAACAGGUAUGCAUGUGUAUACACAUAAAUCUCUGUAAGUUUUGAUAUUGUAUGAUCCAGAGUUCCAGACUAGCUUCUGUUCAUGGCAUUAUAAAAAGGUUCUUGGUUUUGUUUUGUUUCUUCCCAGAGUUAUUGUUAAAUUUCAUGGUUUUGUAGUUUUUCUUCUUCUAAAUAUUUCAACCACUAGUAAACAUUCAUCUCUGAAACUGAUUGGUUUGGUUAUUUUCUUUUCAUGUCUUCAUUUUUUUUUUAAUCUUCUAUUAAUAGUUUCUGGAAAAUUCUCAAUAAUCUUUGGUCUAUUUAAGAAUACUAGAUGCUUGUUUAAAAUCUUCUUUUUGGUUAUCUAAAAAUCUUGAUCUAUCAGUCUCUUGUUUUGAUGUAUUGAGUUUCACGUCAUUCGUCUCAUAAAAUAAUACACUCCAAUCAGAUUGGAAACUGGAAAACUUUAAUAAAGAGUAUCAGUGUUAUAACUGUUCCUAUUUGUGAUUUCCUUCACCAAUCUGACUCUCAUACUUCAAAAUCUCACCAAAUAAUCCUAAUAUUAUUUUAUUUUUUCUCUCCUUCACAUGAAAUAACAAUAACAAUAUUUGUUUUUCUAGAAAGAUCUUCAAGUUUCUGGGUUUUACAUUACACUUUACUCUAAUGGGGGUUUUGUUUAAAUUCAAAAAAUAUUUGUAAAAGCAUUCCUUUGAAACUCUUAUAGGUACAUAUGUCUUUCACAAAUUUGACAUUACAAAGAUCUGGUGAAUAGUAACGGUGGAAGAAUCAUCAAAUGUUCUUAUCAUCAUCAGCAUCCACUGGUGAAAGCACUCCAAAAAAUCCAUCAACUUCUUCUAGUUUCUUACAUCUGACCAACUCUAGUGAUGAGUUAGGUCAGUCACAUCAUUCCAGCGUCUCUAUCAGAGAUUAUGCAAGUAAUUACCGGACCGAGAACAUUCAGAAAAGCUGGCCUUUUUCCUCAACAAGUUUUCAACUUUGUUUGAAACAUGGCUUAACUGAUCUAUUGCCACCAAUGCAGCCUCUUAACUCUGUGGUAAGCCAUCCUCCUGAAGCUUCUUCAUCGCACAUAGCUCUUGUUGAAGCAAUAAGCUGCAAGAGAAAGUUUGAAAAACUUGGCUCCAAUCAUGCAUUAGAAGCGACUAAGCAAGGUUUAGAGAAUGGUUCUUUGGCGAGUGGUCCAAAAUCCAAAAUACAAGUAGCUAACAUCAACAAGAGCCCCAUCAGAAAAUGUGGGUCAAUAGUGAAACCUGGAGCUUGUGUGGAUAGUGAAUCAAAAGAAGACCAGGGUUGUCUCUUUGAGUCUACUAUGGCUUUGCGAACUUGUCCUAUCUGCAAAACCUUCUCGUCUGUUUCUAACACCACUUUGAAUGCGCAUAUCGACAAGUGUGUGUCUGUUGACUCUGGACAACAGCCAAAUAGUAAGCCACGGAGGAAAGUGAAAAGGAUGGUUGAUAUAUACGCUACUGCAAAAAGAUGCACAUUAGAAGAUAUUGAUCAAAGAAACGGAACAAAGUGGGCUGUGGUUUCGAGCUACUCAUCAAACCAGGUCGUCUCUGAUAAUAAUAAGCCUCAAGUGUGCAACAAAAGGAAGAAGCGGAGUGUGUUGCAUGCUAAAGUUGAUGAAGAUGCUGCUACCAUUGGACCUGUCUACAUUGAUGCUAAGGGCCAAAAACUGCGGAUCAUAUCUGAGUUUAACGAGAAAGCUUCUGAAGAAGAUGUCAGUGAGAAGGAAUCUUCUAAAGAAGGUAAAGGGAAUCACAGAGGCUUUAGGGAAAGACUUUUGGGAAAGAAGUAUCACAAGCAUUGUAAAGGCCAUGCUUCAGAGAUCUUGGAGUGUAGAAGAGGUUAUUCUGAAGAAUGUAGAGUCAUGGACAGUUCAGGUCCAACUCGGCGUAGGAACGUUUGGGAUCAGCCAUCCGAGAAUGGACAUUCAUUGUCAGCAGAUCCUCCUGUGUCAAGGGGUCCAAGUCAUGCGAAUUUUGAUUUAACCAAGACAGUUUCUUCUCCUUUAAACAGUCACAACUCAUGGAGAAGUUGUGGGGAGAGCCAAGUCUCUGGAAAGAUCACCAAAAGGGAGAGAUGUUCAAUGCCUGUGGAUAAGGUGAAGUUGAAGAAAGCUCAGUCAGAGAAUGAAGAGGAAGGUGAAGAUUCAGGGAGAUGGGAGUCUGAAAUGACUCAAGAACGUGUACUGACAGAUUAUAGUGAUUCUGAUGAUAAUAAAGAAACAGACACUUCAACUAGUGGCGGUGAAGACGAUGAUUAUGAAAGCUGGGAAGAGACUGGUAAUAAUAACAAAGGAGAUGAUAAUAUGUUGGACAAAACCAAUGAUGCAGAUGCUGAGUUUGAAAGCAUGAUUUACGAGAGAACUGGUUGUGGUGAUACUGCAGAACAAGGAGGAAGCACAUUCAUGGAGGUUGAUCCCAUUCCUAUUCCAGGACCUCCAGGCUCAUUUCUACAAAGUCCUUGGGAUAUGGAAACUGAUGUAUCUGAACAUCGUGGAAACUUCUCAGUUAAAUCUUUAUCUGAAUCAACAUUUGGACAAGCAGCACCACACAUGAUCCAACAAGAUUUGGGUCUCUUGAGUAAGUCUUUUACUGCGGCUCCUUCCAGUUCAACCUCGGUAUUGCGGCUAAUGGGAAAGGAUUUGAUGGUUAUCAACCAAAGAGAAGACACCUCACGUGGAUAUUCAUGUCCAAAAUUAACUUCUCAGUUUCAAGAUCUCGCUAAGACACAACAUGUGCCUCCCCCUGCUCAUCUUCUUCCUCGUUCUUAUGGUGGAAACGGUUUGUAUCACAACACCAGCACAAACUUUUACAACAUUCCGUGACAAUUCAAAUCAAGAACUCUAAAUUCUAUAAGAAAUUUAACCAACUUAGUAAUUUUCUAUGCUGGUUUUAAGAAGUUUUAUCCUCAACCAUUCAACAUCAUAAAGGUUUCAUGAUUAUCUAAUAAAGUGGUUGAGAAAAAUCUCAAGUGGCUGCUUUGAAGAAUGGUGAUGUAAACUCUCUUGGAAUCUACCUAGAAGUAGGACCUACAUUCAUUAGGAUAUUGAGAACUCCACUAAGGUGAAGGAUCCCACUU